UUUUGGCAGGGAGUCGAAUUUAGGCACAAACCGGGACUCCUCCUGGCUAAUGACGUCACGCAGCUUCUCGUACUGUACAGCGAAGCGCUCGAGACUGAUGAGGCGCGCGCUCACGGCAGCUGCACAUAACGGUCCACAAGAGACUGCACUUCAUCUACAAUAAAAUAUUAUGGAAUGCUUUUGAUCUCUCAAUGUGAAACAGAAACAUGUGAAGAAAACCUUGAGACAAGAGUUGGAGUUCAGUAGCGAAACUCACCAUGGCUGCCCAUCGCAUUCGUUCAGCGAACAACAACACUGUGCUCCCUCGCUGUAGAUCUGAGGGCGCACUUAUCGAUCUCAGUGAAGGAGUGUCAGAGGCCACCCUUACAGAUGUUAAAGCGCCUACCCCUAGUGCCUUACGACUGGAUGUUACCUCAUUUGGAGCAGUUAGGGAAGUGAUUGCCAUUAAGGAUUACUGUCCGUCCAACUUCACCACUCUUAAGUUCUCAAAGGGAGACUGUCUUUAUGUUAUAGACACAUCGGGUGGAGAGUGGUGGUAUGCACACAACAGUAAAGAAAUGGGAUACAUCCCAGCAGCCUAUGUCCACCCAAUCAAUUAUCGAGACUCCUCGUUCAGUGAUAGCGGUAUGAUUGACAGCCUUGGUGACACUUCUGAGGGAGUGAAAGAAAUGGACAUCUCAGGGGAGUGGAAGGAGUCCUCCAAAAGCACAGAAUCUAGAAAUGAAAAUCCUUUUGUUAAUAAACGGAUGUCAACUAACCCUUUCCUAAAUGGCACGGUGCAAGACACCUCUGACCAAAACAACAAGCAUAAUUCAGCAAAUGCUUUGUGUUUUGAUAACCCCUCUCUUCCCAUCUCAACCACCAGCAGCACUGUUAAUAUUAAUGGCUUUGAAAGUGGGCUAUUUGACGCGUACAAUUUCAGUCCCGGCUCAGGAAUGAGUCGAAAUCUUCGCCGAGAUGAUCCGUUUUUUAGGAGCAAGCGCUGCUACAGCAUGUCAGAACUGUCUGUCCUGCAGUCCUUGUCUGAUGGGAAUCAAGGCUCCUUGAGUUUUUUUGGUGGCAUGAAGUCACCUAAACCUGAGCAUUUUCAAAGUAGAGAUGAUUUCAAAACGGCAUGGCUAAAUCACCGCAAAUUUACACGAUCCUGCCACGACCUGGACUCCAUUGGACAAAAUCCAGGUUGGGGGCAAACCCAGCCAAUAGAGACCAACAUUGUGUGCAAUCUGGACAGUUCUGGCGGAGCCGUGCAGCUACCAAAUACCAGUAUCAGCAUACAUAUCCCUGAGGGCCAUGUUGCACCAGGUGAGACUCAACAGAUUUCACUGAAGGCCCUUCUGGAUCCACCAUUGGAGCUCAACAAUGAUAGAUGUACUACUGUAAGUCCAGUGGUAGAAGUAAAACUCAGUAACAUGGAAACCAAGACCCCAGUCACUUUAGAGAUGAAGGUGUCUGUUGUAGUGAAGAUAGAGAGCCGCAAAACUGCAGAGGUGGUGUGCGUAAGAAGCGACUGGAAAGAAGGACCAUACGUCCCGAUUCCACAUGUAUACAUGUAUGGAGACACAGUUCAAGUGACUCUGGACAAUUUAGAACCUUGCAUGUAUGUCUCUGUGGUUGCCCAAGCACAAACUGUGGCCCCAUACAACACGGUGUGGGAACAUGUCGUAAAAAAGGUCACUCUUGGGGUAUACGGGCCAAAACACAUCCACCCAUCCUUCAAGACCGUGGUGGCCAUUUUUGGCCACGACUGCGCCCCGAAGACGUUGCUAGUGAGUGACGUAAAAAAGCACUCACAGUCUACUCCACCUGUCGUCCUCCAGCUCUGGGGAAAGCAUCAGUUUGUACUAACAAAGCCUCAAGACCUUCAAGUUGGCGUGUAUUCAAACAUGUCCAAUUUUGAAGUAAAAGCCAAUGAGCAGGCAAGAACCAUGAGGGGUUUUCAGAUCAAACUCGGCAAAGUGGCCCGUCUCAUCUACAUGAUUGCAGCCCGGGAUUCUACUGAUAUUUUAGAUUUUACUUUGCGAAUUCAAGUCAAGGAUGAUAAGGACUGUAUCCUUGCCCAGUUUUGUGUUCAGACGCCAACCCCACUACCAAAAACAAGCACAAGAAGCUCAGUUCAAAGGCGUUUCCUAAAGAAAAAGGAAGUGAACAAAAUUGUACUGUCUCCUCUUGCUGCGACCACAAAGCACCCUGUGUUUCAGGACAGACUAGUCAAAAACCUGAAAUUUGCUAAGUUGCUGAAAACUGUUAUAAGACAGUCAAAAAGCAUGUAUCUACUAGAGUAUCUUAAAGGUGAUGUAAUGGCUCUUUUGAGUGAGGAAAAAAUAAAAUUUAAAGGACAUCUAUGGACCAAAGAGUGGUACAUCGGAUACUACCAUGGAAGAAUUGGCUUGGUGCAUGCCAAAAACAUUCUAAUCAUGGGAAAAGUGAAACCUGUUAAUUUCAAAGGGCCCGAUCUUAUGACUACAGCCCUUUUAGAGCAGAUCCUGAAGCCCUGCAUGUGCCUGACGUACAUCUACGCAUCAGUGCGAACGAUAUUGAUGGAGAACGUUGCGAGCUGGAGAGCGUUUGCUGAUGCUUUGGGCUACGUCAAUCUGCCUCUGGCGCAUUUCUGUCGGACAGAGCCGGAGAGUGAGCCUGAAAAAGUGGCUUCUGUUCUUGAGAAGCUUAAGGAAGACUGCAACGCAGCUGAAGGCAAAGAGAGGAAGUCUUUCCAGAAGGAACUCAUGAAGGCUCUUCUGAAGAUGGACUGUCAGGGCCUGGUGGCACGGCUGGUCAUGGACUUUGUUCUGUUGACCACAGCGGUGGAGGUGGCGGGACGCUGGAGGGAGCUUGCUGAGAGACUGGCUAAAGUGUCCCGGCAGCAGAUGGAAGCAUAUGAAUCUCCACACAGGGACAGCAGGGGACAACUGGACAGCGAGGCCAUGUGGAAACCUGCCUAUGACUUCCUUGUCACAUGGGCAGCACAGAUUGGGGACAGUUACAGGGAUGUGAUUCAGGAACUUCACACUGGAUUGGACAAAAUGAAGAACCCCAUCACCAAGCGCUGGAGACACAUCACAGGCUCCCUCAUCCUUGUCAACUGUCUGGAUCUCCUUCGGAGCUCCGCCUUUAGCCCCUCCCCUCAAGAUGACUGUGCCAUAUAAGGACUGCCUACACCAGCUAACUUUUACAAGACCCAGAUACAACUGAUUUCAAUUUAUAUUCCUAAAGGGCCCCUAUUAUGCUUAUUUACAGGUCUAUAAUUUUGUUUUGGGGGUGUACUAGAAUAAAUUUACAAGCUUAAGGCCCCGUUUACAAUGAAAACCAUCCUCGUCUACACUGGAGUUUCCACAGGGUUUCAGAAACGAUCUCCGUCUACACUACAUGACCAAAAACGAAUGUCACAUGACCGUUCAUACACACUGGUUAUGCGCAUACAAGUGUAAACAGUUGUCUCUUGCACAUGUAGGUAGCAGCAGUAUUAAAAAAAAUUCAGAGUUAAACUGUACAAUGGCUGCUAAAAAUGACAACAAUGCCUGGAAAGAUUGCAGUUCUGUCUCCAUGUUUUUGUUUACACUGUCGUCAAGGAUAUGCAGAGCGAACGGGGGCAGCCGUGCCAUCGUCUCCAUUUUGGUCUGUUUACACUGAAACGCAACCAUGGCGUUUUCGAAAGUCUCUGUUUUCGAGGGUCUAAAACGUUGGGGUAACCAUAUCAAUAUUUAUGCGAUUUAAAAUGAAAACGCACUAGUGUAAACGGGGCCUAAAUGUUCAAAAAAAAAAACUAUUUUUCGGUUACGGUUUUCACACUCUGUCUGAAUGCUCUGUUUUAGUUUUAGUUUCUUUAAAACCUGCCUUCCGGAAAGCCUAGUCUGCUCUGAUUGUUCAACCGGCCCCAAUCUGCUGUAUUGGUCUACCGCUUGGAGCAUGUGUGACAAAUGUAACGUUAAAAAUUCAUUAUAAACACUGUAAGUUUUAAGUCCAUGUAAUGUUUUCCCUCUCACGCAGUGAAAAGAAGUGAUAAACUCCUCCUGGCCUUAUAAAACCUUUGUUUGAUGGCGAGUCACAUUAGCCAGCAGCUAGGCAUUACGCAAACGUGUUACAUGGUGACGUAGUUACAGCACGGAAAUAAUAGCAGGACUACAAAUGAGGCAUUCCAGUUAGGUGUUUUCUGUGGGAGCAAUUAAUUCCCUUUGGCAUGGACUUUGUAACUUUGCGGAUUGUUUACAUGCACAAACAUUUAUAUUGCACACUAAAGACAAAAUGAAAAAAAGCAUAAUAGGUCCCCUGUAAAGACCCUUUUGUUUAUACAAUAGUUUUGUUAACCUUGGUUUUGCACAGCAAAUUGUACAAAGGACCAAAUGUGUAUUUCUGAUGUUUUAAUACAAAUUCAAGGCCUCUAUCUCAUGGAUAUGUAAAACUCCAAAUGUAAAAUAAGAUAUGAUUGUUCAGAUUUGUUUCUAUUACAUAUUGCAGAUCAUCGUGAUUUUAUACUUUUAUCAUGACGCAUUAUCAUGAUGUAAAUUUUGUACAAAAGAUACACUGUUCCCCUGGUGGCUUUCUAUGUGAAUGCGCUCAGAGUCAAAGCCGAACGCGGAUAAGCAAAUGGCUUCGGAUACGUGCCUAAAUGCGUACACACAAAAAUGUCAAAAUGCCUUUUUAGAGUAUUUAGGUAAACACAGUGGGUUAUGUCUUAAGUAAACGUGCACAGUUAAGAAAGAAGACGCGUGUGUAACAGUAUAUUGGAUCCGUGCAUUAGCUCUUAAAGUGACAGCUACCUGCUGCAGUCAUUAAUGAUAAUCAAACAACAAAUGAUAAAGGCAAAUCACUCACUGAUCUUGACUGAAUAACUUAAGUAGCUUUAAUAAGGAUUAAUCUAUUUUUAAUGUGUACAGUAAGCCUUUGCAGUGUUAAAUGCAGUGUUAUUUUACAUGUGACUAUUCAAUUUUUUGUUGUAGGAUAUCAGGCCUACUUAUCUGAAUACCACUGUUGGUAGGCUAUAUCUACCUGAAAAAUGUAAAACACUGUUUAUUUAAUUUGUAUUUUCAUUCUGUUGUAUUUCCAUUUUGUUUGUGAUUAGGUUCUUUGUUCUUAUAAUAUGCUGACUGUUUGUCUUGUGUAAUUGUAUUGAGGACCUUUUCUUACAUUAGUUAAGUAUCGAAAUUUGUGAAACUUCACUGAUAUUUAAAAUCGCUCAUAUUGUGAAAUAAGAUUUUGAUCAUAUCACCCACCAAUAAUCAUGUUAAAUAAUCGUGAUUUCAAUAUUGUCCAAAAAAAUGAUGAUUAUGAUUUUCGCCAUAAUCGAGCAACCCUAACAAUUAUUCUGUUUUGUUUUUAUGUGUUGUUUUGUGAUGUCAACUACAUUGUAUUGCUAAACUGCCUAUUUCUAAGUGUCUAUUGUUCAUGAAGACCUACUUUAAUUUUAAGUAGGCCAAUGUUUUAAGGGAAAGUAUAUAUAAUAUAAACUCAAAUACUCACAUCAACACAUAUAUAAAAAAGCUUUUGAUCAUCAACUGACAAAUAAAACGGCUUGCUCACCAUUAGUGCGCUGGAGGUGAGAACGAUAUCUUUGACCAUUU